GUUCGCUUUCUUGUGAUGUAUUUUAGUUGUUGUUCUGUAGUGAACCAUGAUGAUGUACGGGCCGUUCUAUGUUGCGUUGAUGCUGGUUCUUGUUCGUUUGCAAUCUUCUCGUGGCCAAAGCCAGUUGGGCGAGGUUGUAGAUGACAAAAUAAAGGACGUACUGUUUCGAAACAUGGGUCAAAUCUACGUGGAAGAAUUCAAUAUUGAUAAUCAGCUUUUGACCCUUGAAGUCAUAGCCGAGGACACUAUUGGAACCUCGGAACUCUGGGUGGUAGACUUUCAACCUUACGACUUUGACGAAAAUAACCAGCCGGUAGAUCCCGAUACGGGCGACAUAACCUCUGACAACACUGGCGAGUGUUCAAACAUUCUGGCAGAUGGCGGAUUUUCAUCCUUCGGGCCAGCCUACUACUUCUCCGAUGCCGGUAACUUCGAAACUAGAAACGUCUCGCUGAGGUCGGCCACAAAGUCCGACGGAAAACGGCUGUUCACGAAUUAUGUGAGGGGCCAGAGCUACAAUACUAACGACCAGUACGGUAAUAGUGUUGACAGAAGAGACUACACUAUGCGAUAUCAAGGACAUCUUGGUUACUUUUUCAACUGCACCGAUACAACUGGGACUAACAUCUGGACCUAUAUGAAUACAACAGACACCAUAGAAUAUCACACUACUAUGUACGUGACUAACGUGCGCCCAGUCGAUAACGCAGAUGCCAGUAAGGGAAUGGCAAGAGUUUCUUCCAGUAUCACGCUAAUAUACAGGUUAUCCCGAAUCGCCAUUGCAAACUUCGUAAUCAGUUCCUCUCCGUUGGUGAAACCAAUAAUAGACUACGUCAUAAUAUCUCCAUAUUUUGAUGCCAAUGGCGAACCACUCACUAAUAAAGCAACGAUAGAAAUACAGUUCAAGACGGUCAUUCAGUCAAACGCCGUUGACGGAUUUGCCCUGCAAUUUAAAGCCGACACUCAAGAGUACACGCCCGAGAACUCUGGUAAUUCAUUUAGCAAUGACACUGGUGACGAAAUCGUUUACACGGCGGGUCCAAAGCAGUGCGUCUUUGUCUCGCCUAAUGAAUGUACACAAACGUGGAACUUUGUCGUAGUUUUAAAUGUUGAUGAUACCGUUGUAGAAAGUGAUGUACCAAUUGAUGCAACUGGAGUGUUCAAAUUCCAAUUUGAGCAAUUAGAGUGUAGCUCAACUACAACCGACCCACCGAGUAGUUGUGUGUUGACAUCUUCCUCUCUUUUUGAAAUUACGUUGGACGUUACAAUCCAGACUGUGGUUGUAGUACGGGAUGCAGAUAAAGACUAUCCCAGUUUGUAUUUACUCAGUAUUACUGGAGCCAACAAUAACGAUCUCAGAGGUGGUGUGAGGGCAGGCAAUCGGGGAGUCAAUCAUCUGGAAAGCGUUAACAUGAAGAUACAAAUGUUGCCUGAAUUCUUCAGAGACGUUUUCAAUUUAGAGUUGACCCUGUUCAUGGUGUGCCGGGAUGACACUAGAAAUUUAUUGGGUGGUUGCCUCGAUGUGGAAACAGGAAAUCGAUACAUUGCGUAUCGAAGCGACGAUUUCAGAUUCGUAGCUCUCGAUAGUGAUGGAAAUGAUCAGAUUUAUUCCACGAGUCACUUGGCUGAAGACAACUGGGUUCCAACAGGCAACAGCUCGACCCAGCAAAUGCUGGACAGCUAUUCUUAUGACACAACUAAUGAACUGUACAACAUCGACUGGACGAACGCCGCCCUCGCACAGGAGAGAUCAGAAUACACUAUUACAACAGUUUUCAAACUCGAAGAGAAACUAAGAAAAAGAAAAAGAAAGAAAAGGGCAGCCAUAAAGAUGGUAAACGAAGACUUCAGAAAUAAAGGAAUGGUCGUAGUCAACAGCGCCGUGUACUCCGGGCAUCGACUUUCAGCUGGCGCCCUAGCUCGACGUGCUGAACUCUUAGAUGGUCGCGAUAGAAGAGAUGCGAUAGACUAUGCAGACGAGCCAACCGCACACCAUGCUUCGUUCGCGUUUGCCGGAUGUCCCAAACGUAGCCUCUAUGUGAAAGAUACUCUGACCUGUGACUGUUUAGAAGAAGACGAAACUUACAGCAACACGGAAUUCGAAUGCACUAAAUCGGAAUUCUGGCAAGAUGUAGAGCCGAAAGUGUUAGGCGAGCCAUCGCGUACCGGCAAAAUCGCACUUUCGAAAUUGGCCUUGUAUCCGAUUUUUUCUUCGUUACUAUAUCAAUUUAUAUCCAUUUCAUAGGUUUCUCAAAUUCCGUGUAUAUAUUAAUUUCAAAUCUAAUUUAUUUAUAUACAGUUUAAUGAAAUAAAUGUAACUUUGAAGCACUUGUUUUCAGA